AUGACGGGCAGACGUUGGAUACAGAUUUGGAACCCGCCAUACCGUUAUCUUCACAACAAGAUCACACAUUAUCUGGAUGGUGCUGUGGCAACCACAGAAGUCAUGGCCUUUCGAUACAAGGGUCAAAGUCGGGACAAAGUUCCUCAUAGCGUCAGUCAUGUGAUCGUUGAUACCAUUGUGUGGGAAAUUCCCGACAAUGCGUUUAGUGGUUGUGAUUCGCUGGCUCUAUUGGAAUUACCGGUGGGUCUGCAAACCAUUGGGGAAUAUGCACUGGCCUAUUGCGAUUCCUUGUUGAAACUUAUACUACCGGCUACAGUCCAUACCAUAUUUGGACAUGCUUUUGAUAAUUGUCGAUCACUGAGGGAAGUAGAAAUUGCACCCAGCAGUCAUUUGAAGCAUUUGGGUCCAGAAGUCUUUCGGAGCUGCCAUUCGUUGCAGGAAGUGGAUCUUCCCGAGGGCAUUACGGCGCUUUCGGCUGGGAUCUUUUCGGAUUGUCGGUCAUUGACAAAAAUAAGGAUUCCAUCGACGGUGGAAGUCGUUGAUGAUGAUGCCUUUCGAGAAUGUCUAAGCCUAUUGCUAGUCACUUUUGGAAAUCGAUUGGUGCAGAUUGGGACGGGCGCCUUUUAUUCUUGCACCUCCUUGAUGAACGUCAAGAUUCCAUCUUCGGUAAAGACGAUCGAUGACGGUGCUUUUGAGGCAUGUGGUCACCUUAUAUCCAUUGAAAUUGACGACGGUUUGAGUGAGAUUGGAAAUGGUGUGUUCAAUCAAUGCCACAGCUUGAUGAAUGUUGCCAUUCCUCAAUCUACCAAAUGGUCUGCUGAUGGGACCCUUCUAGGUUGUGGUCAAAUCUCUGACUAUUAUCCAACAAUGGAAAUGUUACAACAGAGAUACGGCCAUGACAUGCUCAUUCAUGAGCUGUGUUACAAACAGGCACAUCAUCCGGAACGCUCGAGUAUGGAACGUCUGAAAAAGCUAAAGGAAGACCAAGGUGGACUAUCAUCACUAUCCAGCCAAACUCAUGCCGAUACCAUGGGAAUGAAUCCAUUCCAUAUCUUGUCCAUCUCCACCAAACCCAAUCUUUCUCUCUUUUCGGAACUCUUGCAUAUUCUACCUAAACGUUUGGUUCAAGCACCCAAUGUGAACGGGCAAUCUCCGUUACAAUUACUCAAAGACAACCAUGCCUUUGGGAGUGCUGCUUUGAUUCGAUUUAUACUAGAAGUCACCAUCUUAGAACCAUCCAGAUGGUUUGGGCUGGAAGCUUGGCGAAAGGACCUUUCUUCGGCUGUACAACGAACUUUCAAGACCAACACAUUGGAACAAGUAUCCAGUCGAGGCCGUCGAAUCACUCAAAUUCAAACGAAAUAUUUCAAGUACGAACGACUAGAGACUACUUCUCUUCUGGAACAAGCAGUCUGGAAGAGCACCAUGUCUCGUCAGAAGCGAUCCUCCAGGACGAGGAAAUUACCCAAGGUAAACAGCGAUUCUCGGUUAGCUGCACGAAUGAGCAGUGGGGCACAAGUGAUCAUUCCGAAUGUCAAUUUGUUUCUGGGGAAACCACAAUUUUGA